AUGGCUCCCCUGCCACCGGCCAGGUGCCUCCGUCGCCGUUGCCAGGAGCAGUUCCAGGCGUGUUACCGGGGUGACCCCGGCCUGGCCCUGCCCCCGCCCCCCGGGGAGCGGGCACUCGCGCAGGAGGGGGGCUUAUGCGUCCGGAGGAUCGUCAUAGCAACAUUCGCAGGCCUCCGCCAGGUGGGUUCGCGCCUCAGCUCGCCGGAGCAGUCUUAUCACAGCGCCGCCUCCCAGCAACAACUCAGCCCAAGCCACGCCCCCUGGAGGAAUUCAGCCAAUGAGACAUCGAGGUACAGCCAUGUGAUGGCCACGCUGCAGGGGAUUGGUGGUUACAGCCGCUCGGAGGAGGAGCUCAGCUACGCCGGCUAUGAGGGCUACGACCGUAACAUGGAAGGCCAUUGGUUGGACCAAGGCUCGUGGCACAGCGAGACUCCGCCCACGUCUACGCACGCGGUCACAUGGCAGCCGUCCAAAGAUGGGGAGCGUCUGAUUGGUCGGAUUCUGCUCAACAAGAGGAUGAAGGAUGGCAGCAUCGCGGACGACACCGGAGCCCUGCUGGGACUCAAGGUUGUGGGGGGCAGAAUGACGGAGUCCGGGCGACUCUGUGCCUUCAUCACCAAGGUGAAGAGAGGAGGGCUAGCAGACACAGUAGGGCACCUCCGCCCAGGUGACCAGGUGUUGGAGUGGAACGGGAGGCCCCUGCAGGGAGCCACCUUCAAGGAGGUCUACAACAUCAUCCUGGAGUCUAAAACUCAGCCGCAGAUAGAGCUGCUGGUGUCCCGAGCUCUCAGUGACUCUGCCCAGAUGUCAGACAACUCACCCACACACAUGGACCCAGCGGUUCCUAGAGUUCAGGUGAAGCUGUGGUAUGAUAAGCUGGGCCACCAGCUGAUGGUCACGGUCCUGGGGGCCAAAGACCUCCCAGUGCGUGAGGACGGACGCCCCCGGAACCCCUACGUCCAGAUGUACCUCCUCCCAGACCGCAGUGAUAAGACCAAGCGGAGGACAAAGACGGUGAAGAAGACGGUGGAGCCGCGCUGGAACCAGAGCUUCAUGUACGGCCCGCUGCCGCGCCGCGACUUCAGCCUGCGGGCGCUGGAGCUCACCGCCUGGGACCAGGCCCACACCCGCGAGGAGGAUCGCUGCUACCUGGGAGAGGUUCUGAUAGAGCUGGAAUCGGCCCUGUUGGAUGAUCAGCCUCAUUGGUACAAAAUCCAGAGCCAUGAUGUGACAUCACUUCCUCUCCCAAACCCCUCCCCCUACCUGCAGCGACGCCUGUACAGUAAGACGCACGCGCACGCACACACACACACACAGUGCUCGUCUCCCUCUGUGUCUCCAGGGUCCCAGAGGACGGCUGAGGGGGAGUUCUCAGACUACGACUGUGAGGAAGGCAUUGGAGUCAUAUCAGACUACCGACAGAGUGGCCGGGACUUCCAGAGCUCCGCCCUCUCUGUUCCAGACCAAGUCAUGGUGACCAAUCACGGCUCUCGAUCUGAGCUGGCCAGGAGUCGAUCACGCUCCCCAAGCCAGCCGUCUCCACAAAGUGCCUCUCUCUAUCCGCUCUACCGCGACGAUGCUGUACGGUUGCUACGCAACAACAGGUUGUCAAGGACCUAUUCCGACGUGGGCCAGAGCGGCAGUCUGGACAGGAGGCUGAUGAAGAGGGUUUCUGCAACCAACUCUUUGGACUUAGGAGGCCGCCAGGACUUCAUCCCUCACUUCCCCUUCGAGCCUGAUGCCCUGGACGAUGAGCUCGUCAGAGCAAGCAAAGGGAUGGAUAGUCAUGACAGCUCCGGUCGCUCACGCUCAGUGGACCUGCGGUCUGACCACGCCCCCUCUGCCGUACGCCCCGCCCCCUCUGCCCAACGCUCCGCCCCCUCGUCGCCCGGCCCUGUCAGCCCCGCCCCUACACCUGUCUCCGCCCCUACCCCAAGCCCCGCCCCUACACCUGUCUCCGCCCCUACCCCAAGCCCCGCCCCUACACCUGUCUCCGCCCCUACCCCAAGCCCCGCCCCUACACCUGUCUCCGCCCCUACCCCAAGCCCCGCCCCUACACCUGUCUCCACCCCUACCCCAAGCCCCACCCCUACACCUGUCUCCGCCCCUACCCCAAGCCCCGCCCCAACACCUGCCCCUACACCAAGCCCCGCCCCUACACCUGUCUCCGCACCAACCCCAAGCCCCGCCCCAAUACCUGCCCCUACACCAAGCCCCGCCCCUACACCUGUCUCCGCACCAACCCCUGACCCCGUCCCUAAACCCGACCCCGCCCCUACACCUGGCCCCGCCCCUAAACCCGACCCCGCCCCUACACCAUGCCCCGACCCUGCACCUGGCCCCGCCCCUACAUCAUCCCAGACUUCAGAGCAAGAGAAACGGCCAACGACCCCAGGAGGAUCAAGGAAAGAGGUCAAAUGGGAGGACCAGCAGGCGAAAACAGCCCAAGUUGGAGUCCUUCCGGCUAAGGCAUCAGAGGGCGACGUAUCGUCUGGAGCCACCGGGGGCAGCGAGGCGUCCGACACCAUCAGCAGCUCUGAGGCCCCUCAGGGCCAAUCGGAAGACAGCGCGGGGGCGGGGUCAGACGGGGAGAGCAGACCGUCCCUAGAGAAGGGGGAGUCACUGGAGGGGGAGGACACGGAGGAGGAGCCAGAGAAGCCCAAGGCCCCGCCCCCCAAGGCGCCCGCCGCGGCGGGGGAGAUCUGCUCUCUGGGGAGGAGGGACGACGAUGAUGACGAUGAGAAGAAGAGGAGGUCGAGCCUGGGCGCCCGGAUGAUGGGGAUGGUGGGCUUGGGGAAGAAGAGCUCCUCCCAGCCCAACCCAGAGGAGGAGGAGAAGAAGAAGAAGGUGAUCCGGCUGCCGGUGCAGCGCAGCGUGGAGACGGGGCUGGCGGUGGACUUCAGGGCGCGCUUCACCAGACAGCCCAGCAGGGACCUGGACGCUGAGGAGCCCACGCCCGGAGCGCUGAUCUUCCCGGGGGUGAAGCUGGCUUCUGAUAGGCUGUUUAAUGGCUUCCUGGAUGGGCUUGGCCCCGCCCAGUUGGCUGGGCGCCAGACCCUGGCCACGCCUGCAAUGGGUGACAUCCAGAUCGGGAUGGUGUACAGGAAGGAACGUCUGGACGUGGAGGUGAUCCGAGCCAGGGGGCUUGUGGGUAAACAGGGGACCAAGAACAACGUCCCAGCUCCGUACGUGAAGGUGUACCUGGUGGACAACGGGAAGUGUGUCCUGAAGCGUCGCACGCGCCUGGCGAGGAAGUCACCCGACCCGCUGUACCAGCAGCAGCUGCAGUUCGAGGACACGCCGGAGGGCAAGGUGCUGCAGAUUAUCGUGUGGGGAGACUACGGUCGAAUGGAUCACAAAUCCUUUAUGGGAGCUGCUCAGAUCCUAUUGGACGAUCUGGACCUAUCCCAGAUGGUGAUUGGUUGGUUCAAAUUGUUCCCGCCCACGUCGUUGAUUGACCCUGCUUUGGCCCCGCUGACCAACAGUGAGACAGAGGGUGCUAAGAAGUAGCUCCGCCCAAUAUCAGCAUGCCAACCAAUCAGCACAUCAC